UUGAACCAGUCAGCUAUUUUAGUCAAACAAGAAUUGAGUGAGUUCUUGUUGUAGAGUGACUGGGUCAGAUGAGUUACAAAGUAUAGUGGUGUCAUCUGCAUACAUAACAACUUUACAGGACAUUACAUCAGGAUGGGUGUGUUAAAUUGGAUCAAAAGGAACAAAUUUGCAUCAGUUGGCAUUGGUUUGGUGAUGUUUCAUCUUGGUGUAUAUCAGUGGGGUAAGUCAGCCUUUUCUUCUGAAAAACGAUUGACAUCAUCAUCUUUCAACUCCGAAUCGUAUGGUGGGUUAUACUCUGAGAAACAUGAAACCAAAGACUAAUUAAUAAGAAUGAGUAGAACAGAUAUUGUAGCAAGUGUUCCUUCUCCAAGUCUCGUAGAGUUUUCAACUUUAGAUGAUGCGAAUAAUCAAUUUGGUCUUGCCACGUUUAGAAAUCUAGUAAAAUCAUGCUAUGGACCCAAUUCUCGUUUAAAGACAAUUCAACAUCAUAGUGGUGGGCAAGUAAUGUUGACAUCCAGCUCUUAUGAUCUCUUAAAAAGUCUACCAAUCAGAAGGCCGUUUCUCAGACUUUUGGUUACUGCUGUGACAGAACACUUGCGACUGUUUAAUGAUGGAGGCUUGUUUGUAGCAGUUUUGGCCUCUGAACUUUUGUCUGUUUGUUGUUGCUUUAAUACUGAUAGACUUCCAAGAAUAUUGUGUUGUGAUGUAAACAGCAUUAUGUUGGAUUGGUGUAAUCACUUUGUGAGUACCUCCAAAGAGUGCAGAAUUCAUGUAGACAUCAGUAAUAUGAGCCAGAUGAUGGCUGUGAUUCGAUCGAUAAUUUCCACCAAACCUGCCUGCAGUUUUACCAGCAGAGAUAUCUCCCAUGUUUCGGGUUUAAUCUUGCAGGCUUUUCUGAAAACGUUCCCAACAUCUGGCCAUCUGAGAUCCACCCAGCAGGACAUCUAUUACAUAGAUGUGCCAAGCCAGGAUACACAGAACUCACGAAUAAUAGAUGGUGUGCUAUUCCAGCUUCCAAACGAUAUUCCUGAUAAAAUUCUUCCACCUGGGUCGAGAUUCACCUCUAAUACCAGCCCAUUAAAAGUAGCUCUGUUUAACAUCUCAUUAGCAGGUGACACUGGUGAGGUUCUUGAAGUCAGAUGUGAGGUUUCAGACGGACUUACUCCAAUGUGUGUUGUCACUGAACAGUUGUUUGACAUUGCACAGAGAUUGCUUGACGAUGGUGUCAGUGUUUUGGGAUGCCAGAAAGUGAUCCAUCCAAGUAUUAAAAAGUUCUUGAAAAAAAAUGGAGUGUUGGCAAUUGACCGCCUUUCUAUUCUCAAUAUUGCUGCUGUUGAGAAACUUUCAGGUAUAGUUAAUUGAUAUUUGGAAUUUGUAUUAUUUAUUUAGAGAGAGCAGCUUUUCUCAAUCGGCUAAUCUGGUGGUAGCCAUUAUGUGUGCGCUGAACCGUGGAGAUCUCUAGGUCCC